AUGAAGAUCAUCACUGCCGUCCUUUUGUUCGUCGCUCCUCCUCUAGCCUCUGGAUUCACCACCCUGUCUGGUGGACGUGUCGGUACCAAGCUUGAUGCUGCUAUCUUCUUUGACUCCCAAACUGGAAACACUGAGAAGUGCGCCGGGUACCUCGGAGAAGCUUCUGGUGUCCCAAUCGAGUACAUCGGUGAUGCUACUGAAGAUACCAUCAAGGGUGAAGACUGUAUCAUUGUCGGUGCCCCCACCUGGCACACGGGUGAAGACGAGUGCCGCUCUGGUACUGCCUGGGACGAAUGGCUGUACGACACCCUCCCCAACUUGGGCCUUGAAGGAAAGAGGGUCGCCAUCUUUGGUUGUGGAGAUCAACAAUCUUACAGUGACUACUAUUGUGAUGCUGCUGGGGAAUUGUAUGAUCAAUUCACUGCUGCCGGAGCCAAGGUCUAUGGUUUCACAAGCACUGACGGAUACGAACAUGUUGAAUCUAAGGCUGAGGUCGAGGAUGGCAAGUUCUGUGGGCUUAUGUUUGACGAGGACAACCAAUACGAUCUGUCCGAGGAGCGUGCCAACAGUUGGAUUGCCCAGCUUAAACAAGAAGGAUUCUUCGUCUAG